GAUAAGGAGGCGGGGAGAGAGGAGGAGGAGGAGAAGGAGGAGGAGGAGGAGGAGAGGAGGACAAGAGAGAAGAGGAGGACACAACUCUGGGAAAAGGACACUAAAGGACAGGAGUGGAAGAGGAGAGCGAGGAAGGGGAGAAGGGAGAGCAGAGGAGCCGGGUGUUGCAGCCAUGUCAGACACACCUUUGCAGAGGAACGGCACGGCCAAGGCCCCGAUGUCGUGUGAGGAGGCUCAGCUCCACAAAGAGAGGCUGCAGGCCUUGGCGGAGAAGCGGAAACGGCAAACUGAAAUUGAAGACAAAAGAAGCCAGCUCGACGAUCUGGUGCUGCAGCUACAACAUGUCAAGUCCAAAGCCAUGCGUGAGCGAUGGCUCCUCCAGGGAAUGGGACAGGAGGAAGAGGAGGCACGGCGGAAACAGCUGGAACUGGACGAAGAACAAGGGAAGAGGCUUGAAGAAAUGAUACACAGGCUGGAGUCUGAAAUUGGCGCCCUGGAGAGUGAAGAGUCUCAAAUCUCUGCCAAAGAGCAAGUUCUCCGCGAACGCCUGAAAGAGACCGAGCGCUCGAUAGAAGACCUGCAGAAGAGUCUGAUGAGCCAGAAUGAAGAUGCCAUCGGCCGCAUGUCAGCCGCCCUCUCGGACUGCAUGGACCCCGACCCCAACCACCUCGUCCCGGCCGCGCAGCCGCGGGCCGGCCUGUCUGCCCCCGGAGAGAACGCCAUACCAAGACCCGCGAUGUUUGCCAUGGAGAUCAACGUGGAGCACGACCCGAAGACGGGCGAGCAGCGCGUCCUGUCGGCCAACCGUGUGAGCCCGUUGGACGCGGUGUCGCGCGGCGUCAAAGUGUACGACGACGGCAGGAAAGUGGUCUACGAGGUCGCUUCCUCUGGGGGCGUGUCCACCACCGCCGCAGAGAAUGGUUGGAGCUCUGCGCAGGUUGACCAGCUGAUCCAGCGAGCCGCCCGACCCGUGGUGAGAGGCGAGGAUGGCGAGAAGGCUGAGGCAACGGCGACCCCGGCUGUCCCUCAGGCCUACGUCUCCCCUGCGGACGUCGACGAUCUGUCCCCGCCCUCCUGCGCUCCGCCCUCCAUCCCUUCAAGUCCUCCGGCCCAGGUCACCCUCCAGAGGGAAACCCGGCUGGGCAUGAUACCCCCCUCCUCGGCCCCCGUCACGACCCAGCCGGGGUCCUCGGCCCACCCGGCCUCGGAGCUCUCCGCCCCGCCCCAGGCCAGCUUGGAGCACCCGAUCACCAUGGUGUUCCUGGGCUACCAGGACGUAGACGACACGAGCGAGAGCAGGCGGCUGCUGGGCUUCGACGGCGCGGUGAAGGCCGAGGUGGUCCUCAUCGACGAAGACGACGAGAAGUCGCUGAGGGAGAAGACGGUCACCGACAUCUCCAUCCUGGACGGCACAGCGGCCGACCUGGUGUCCGGGCGGCCGGCCACGUCCGAAGCCGUCAGCACGGAACUGUCGUCCGACGGCCGCGACCCCGACAGCGCCUCCUCGCCCCCCGCGAACGCGGACGCCAACACAGCCCCCCCGCCCGGCCUCACCCCCUCCACAGACUACGUCCAAAUGCGAGGGGUUCCCAUGACAACAGCUAAUGGCUAUCAAGCUCCUGUUCCAAGCAGACAUCCUCACACCGCCAUGAAAUCGUGGCAGGCAGCCGAGGAUGUCAGUGACACAGCACCAAGAGAGCGAGCCCUGAAGAGCGUCAGUUUCCAGGAAUCGGUCAGCGUGAUCACUGACAGGCCUGCAACCAUGGAGCUGGAGAGCCAGCAGAUCCAACAUGGCUGCCUGAGCAGCCCCAGUAACCGAGCCCACAGCGCAGUUGGUGCGAAAGGGAGUCCUGACAGUGAGGUGGUGCAGGAGAUCUGCUACCUGGACCAGGUGCUAGACGCAGCCUCGGACACACCCACCAACGGCAACGCCUCUCCGUCAGAGCGCAGCAAACCAAUCAGCGUUGACGGAUCGUCUCCUUCCGUCUGCGUGUCCGCCUCCUCCCCUGUCAAUCACCAGUCCAUCAUUGUCGAGGGACAAAAACAAACCACGUUCCUCCACCAGGAGGGGUCUCCUGUGAAGACCAACGGGCUCGUGCACAAGGACGAGUCGGGGUUCAGCAAGGCCAAGUUUGAGCUGCGGGCGUUUCAGGAAGAGAGGCGGCCAGCGAAGCUGUUCACCCCUGGAGAGGAGCAGCAAGUCAGGGUGACGAGGAGACGGCCCACAGAGGAGGUUCAUGAGUUGGAGCGUGAGCGUCAGGAGCUGAUCAGAGACCAGGCGGUGAAGAAAAACCCUGGGAUUGCUCAGCGCUGGUGGAACCCUCCUCAGGAGGUACCUCUGGAAGAACAGCUGGACGCAGAUCAGCUUGAGUCUCUCAAGAAGUACCAGGAGAGGAAACAGCAGAAACAGAGUCAUACUUAUACCUACACACAGCCACAGGUGUCAGGUCCUCCCACAGUGGUAACAUUUGAAUCAGAGCUACCCAGGAAAGAGGACAUUGUGGAGGAGCAGAUCGAUUUCUCAUCUGCCCGGAAGCAGUUUCUACAAGGGCAGCCCACGAAGAAGGACAUAGCUCCUCAGAUAUACUCCGCAAAACCCUUCUCUAGAUCCAUAGGCAGGGGCAGCCAGGGGAGCGGUGACGUUGUUGCAGAAACCGGAGAGUCGCACGUGACCUGGUCCGACGAAGGAAUUUCUGGAGAAUUUACUUGUGCGCGAGCCGUCAUGACAAUCCUGCGUGAGGAGGAGGAAGCCAAGGGCCACUUCCAUCCGGGUUUUCACCCAGAGGAGUCCGACUCAGGAUUGGACGAGUUAUCUGUCCGCUCUCAGGACACUACUGUGUUUAGCUUGGAUAAUGUUUCUGACAGCGGGGCUUCGCUACCCCCCACCCCACUGCCUCUCACCCCGGUGUCACCGCCCACCCCGCAGCCCACCACUCCGGUCAACGGGCAGACCAACGGCAGUCCAUCAGAAGACGAGCUGGAGUUCCACGCAGGGGUGCUCGUCCAUAACGCCAUCCAAAACGCUCUGGCUUCCCAGAAUGGAGGGGACUGGCAGUCCUCUGACUUAAAUUCUUCACAGCUGAGCGCCCCUGUCUCCCCGUCCUCCGUCUCCACCAGUAGUCCAGUGCCAGUUUCUUCCUCACCUGCGUCUUCUACCGGAGCUCCCAUUUUCCAUUCACCUGUGUCCUCUAGUCCCGCGCCAUCCAACCCGUCUCCACAGCCAGACAGGCAGCCAGCGGUUAAAGACGUUUACCAAGAGAAGCCAUCGGAAUCACCACAGACCCAGCAGUCCUCCAGUCCAACGCAACGGCCACAGCUCCAGACGCCUUCUCCUCCGCCCUCUCAGCCCAUCUCUCCAUCCCAGAGACCCAAAAAUGGAGGCCCCAGGAUCAAAAUCCAGUCUUCUUACACCAGGGCGCUGGCUUCCUCAGCACCGGCUCCAGCACCGGCUCCGGCUCCGGCCUCAGCAGCUCCCGUCCCCAGGCCGACGCCGGUCUACCGCCCCCCUUCUCCUCCGAGCCCAGAGAAGCCGGAGUUCAGCUACUUCAGCAAAUACUCAGAGGCGGCCGAGCUGCGCAGCACGGCGGCGGCGGCGCGGGGCCCCGAGGUGGAGGCGGCCAGCGGCCCGUUCCGACUGCGCUCCAAGAAGCAGCGAACGUUGUCCAUGAUCGAGGAGGAGAUCCGAGCGGCUCAGCAGAGAGAAGAGGAGCUGAAGAAGCAGAGGGAGGCGCAGCCCGCCAUCGUUGUCCGGCCCAGCGGCACCUCCAGCGGCGGCCACGGACACGUGAGGACAGGGAUGCGCCAAACCACCAUCUCCCCAGCAGAUAAGAUGAAGAGCAACAGCCUGCCAACUAGACUCACACUGACUGCACGCACAGCACCAGGAAAGAUCGAGAAAAUUCGCCCUGCCCCGCCCGUCUCGCCCUCGCCGUCAGAAGGAGCCCUGUCUGACGCCGGCAGCGAGGACUCCGGAGGGUCUCGGCCCAAGAACUUCAUGCAGACGCUUAUGGAAGACUAUGAAACACACAAGGUGAAGAGGAGGGAGAAGGUUGAGGACAACAGUUAUGCCCGUUUGUUGCUGGCUAACGAGGUAACCACUGAGGUUCUGGAAGCAACUCGUGUCACCAGGAGAAAAAGCGACAUGGCUCUGAAGUGGGAAGCCGGUAUAUAUGCCAACGAGGACGGAGAGGAAGAAGAAGAAGAAGAGGAGGAGGAGGAGGAGGAAGAAGAGGAGGAGUAAGCUGCUCCUCUCAGAGACAGUUAAAAGGAAGAUGAAGUGAAGGAAGAGGAGGAGAGAGAACAGCGAGAAAAAGAAAAAAAAAACAGUAUUUAUUUUACUAAUGGUAUCCUGAUAAUCACAUGACCCCACCGGGGUCGGGUAGAAGGAGUAAGAGUAUGUUCAGUGACUGGUUGCAGGAGAUAUCUGAAGCAUUGAGUUGAGUUUGGAGACAAAGGAGUCAGUGAUGCAGGAGACACUUUGAAAGGUUUUUCCGGUGGGUUGAGAGCAAAGUUCAGAUGUUGACAUGGGAUGGAAUGAUUUUACUAGCUGAUAGACGCUGAAUGACUUCAAUAUUCAUAGGAUUUUUCACCUAUCUGCGGUUUUAUUAUUGAAAUAUGGACUAAAGAAUUUAUUUUGAAAGGACGCCUGAGACAAAAAUGCGUAGGAAAGUUUUAAUUACCAACAGAGAGACACACACAACAAAAAAAAACGGUGUGUGCAGAGUGGUUAUAGGAAUGACGGCCAAAGCACACGUUAAGAUAAGAUACACAUCUGCUUUUCUUGCGUUUGAUGACGAUGCAGGUGGCUUCACCAACAAGCAUCCCGUUCAGGACCUGUAAUGUUUUGUCUUCUGCAGCCUGCAGUGCCACAGAGCAGAUAUAACACAAGUGUGACACGUGGGCUUUUCCAUUCCUUUCCAGCAUCUGUAUUAAAUCUUAAGUGCCGACGCGACUGUCAGCAUCGCUAAACGCUAGUGAGGGUUAGAGUUAACCCAAGGUCCUUAGGAUUAGAGUUAACCUUAGGUCCUUAGGGUUAGAGUUAACCCUAGAGCCUUAGGAUUAGAGUUAACCUUAGGUCCUUAGGGUUAGAGUUAACCCAAGGUCCUUAGGGUUAGAGUUAACCCUUGGUCCUUAGGGUUAGAGUUAACCCUAGGUCCUUCGGGUUAGAGUUAACCCUAGAGCCUUAGGAUUAGAGUUAACCUUAGGUCCUUAGGGUUAGAGUUAACCCUUGGUCCUUAGGAUUAGAGUUAACCCUAGGGCCUUAGGGUUAGAGUUGACCCUAAGGCCUUAGGGUUAGAGUUAACCUUAGGGCCUUAGGGUUAGAGUUGACCCUAGGGCCUUAGGGUUAGAGUUAACCCUAACCCGCGACACUAGCUAACUCUGCCUUAGACCGUCAGUGAUUGUUGGCGCACAGUAUGAAUGAUGUAUUUUAGCCUCUCCUGUCACGUAUUACUACUGUUUCAGUAGACCGUAGAGAAAACACACAACAAUAUUAGAUAGGACGUUUGUCUAUAAUCACUAUCGUGCAAACUGGAGGAAACUUUUGGGGAAGAGGGAAACUAACUGCUGGUCAUGUUUGCACCAUUUCGGUGGACGUGUGUGUGUUGAUUAAAGGGCUGGGUCAGGGGUUUUAUAUUCUAAAAACAAAUCACUUAUUUUACCUUUGUUGGCUUUGUGGCUUUGUCGAGCUGUGCUUUUCUGAUGUAAGCAGUCGUUUUGUGUAUUAUACUGAGGUAGGACUGUGUAUUUGAUGUAUGAGCAUUUGCCGUGUAUCUGCUAUACCUUGCUAGCUGAGGAUAAAGUUUGAUGGAAAAAAAAAACUGAAUAGGAUUUUUAUAUGACAAAAAAAAAAGUUGUUAUACCAAACCAGAAUGUUGUUAUUAAGAGAAAAUCAGUCAGAAGACGAUUUAAGAAGCGCUGCUUGUGUGCAUGAAUUUACACUCCUUUCUUAACCUGACACAAGCACACAAUGAGCAGCGAAACGACGGCAGGUAGCUAUCGUAGUAGAAACAGUAACAUACUGUAAGUCGGGCUUGUCAGUUUUUGUACUAAAUGUGUUGGAACUUUCUGUUUUGUCAAAUUACUGAAAAAAAUGCAAUAGAGGCCUCCGUGAGUGUGACGAUGCAAGAUUCAAGCUAAAGUUAAAGCAGUUAACACAAUCACACUCACCCCCAGGGGGGCCUAGGAGACUGAAAGGAGAAACACGUUUCUCAGAGCCACUUUAACCGCGGCUUUUCAGCAAAACGAUUGUAGCCGUUAUUCUGAGAGAUUCCUUCCAGUAAACCAAAGGUCACAGUUUUGAUCACCGCAUCAUGCUAGCGUCCAAGUGUCCUUUGGCGCCGACAGCUCUAGACUUGCCCACACACGUGAUAAACUCUUCAGCUAAACGCCUGAAACUUGCAGGGCGUGUAGUAACAAUUCAAAACAACGCUGUUACAUUUCUUGUCGCUGGGACGAGUUACUCACAGUAUUUGACUUGGCUGCAUCCUGACAGCGAUUCACACAGUGCCACUAACACCAUAAAACCAAAAGUAAAAACCAGAGGGAGAGAUUCAUGCCUCUAUGCUACGUGUGAAUUCCAUCGACAAAAAAAAUAAAUAAAAAAAAUAGAAAACACACACAUUUGUUCCUGAGAAUCCUCUCGCUUUUUCUUUUUAUACAAAUUGAAUAAUAUAUGAGUUGAAGAAAGUAUUUAAAUGACUAGCGUCCCUUUUUAAGAGAUGUCUUUGCGGUGCGGCGGAAAGCAACGGCGGUACGGCGUCGCUGAUGCUGAUGUGAGAUUGAUGUAGUGUUAAUAAUCUAGAAGUCAGCUGGCCUUAGGAACGCGAGAACCGGGACGAGGAAACGCUUCCACGAGUCCGGACCCUAAAUCCAGCUGCUCGCCUUUGAAAGCACUAGUUACACUCGUGUGUUGCAUUUUCCCCCCUGUGAAAAGUAUGCAGUUUAGACACAAGCUUUUGUUUUGUUGUUGUUGUUUUUUAAUUUUUCCUGAAUGAAUGGAUUAAGAUUAAGAUGGAUGAUAGUUUCUCAGUGGCCUAACGCCUGCUCAGCAUCCACUGAGCUAUGUGAGCUUUAGUUGUGGAGUAGUUCACUGCACGCUGUGACCGAACACCGUCCUCAUUUCUGCUUCAAAUCACCCCUAAACUAUUCUCAUUAAACACAUGAAAUGCUAACAGACAUCGUGCACACACACACAGGAGUUUUUGAAUUGUGUGACUUAUUAUUAAUAUUAUUAUUAUUAUUAUGCUUUUGAUGUUUGAAUUCAUGGUGCAGAGAUGAUUUUAUUUAUCAUUUUAAAAUGCUGGUAGCUUGUUUUUUUCGUGGCCUGGCUUCAGCGGGUGUUGGACUCUCAGCAUCUGCGUGCGACGCCGCGAUAUCUUAUUACACAGUAUAACCUCUGUUCCUAUGUUAACCACUUGUAUGCUCAUACUCGGCUUUGUUCUUUUAUAGCACAUGUAAGGCUCACAGUUAUACACCUACUAUACAUAUUAUGAAUAUUUUCUCAUUAAAAAAAAAAAAAAACUA